AUGGCGGGUUCGGUGCGGCUGCAGCGUCUGUGCGUCACCACACAUCGCCAGCUGCUCGCACAGAGUGUUGUCGUCCCCACAGUCGCCCCGCCAGUCGGCAUGGGGCUGGGUGUGAGGGCGUGGCAGCAGAAGGGGAGGCGGACAGGCGGAUUGGGGGAGGGAGCAGGGCGGGGCGGAGAGCAAGUGAGGGCGCACGGCAUCAAGCAACAGUGCCUGGCACGAAGGGCGGGCAGGAGGGUGCGCGCUGUGGGUGGUGGGGCUGGGGCGGAGCAAGGGGGGAGAGAGAGGAAUGAGGAAGAGGGGAGAGCGGCGGACGUGGCGGGGCAAGGCCUUGCAGUGGGGGCAUUGGGAGCGAAGGAGGAGGAGGAGGGGAAGGGGAAGGAGGAAGGGAAGGGGAAGGAGGGCACGUGGGCGGGCAGCAGCCACCGCGUUCUAACCCAGCAACCCACAUCCCUGUCGCCAUUCCCCACCUCGCCUGACCCAUCCCAAUUCAAGAAUCUCCUCAUAGUACCACUCCCCACCACUUUGCACUCCUGGCAGGUGCUGCUGUGUAGAAGGGGCAUCCCACCGUGUGAAGGCAUGUGGGGCUUCCCUCAAGGGUUCUUGGAGCUGGGCGAGUCGUCGAGGGAGGGCGCGGAGAGGGAGGUGCGCGAGGAGGCGUGCGCAGAGGCGCGAGUGAGAAGCCUGCUGGCCGUCUACAACAUUCCCAACCAGUCAGCUCCUGCACUGGCUGCCAGCCCCCUCGAUCGCUGCUUCCUCAUGAUGCAUGCCAUCCUCAUGGUGCAUGCCAUCCUCAUGGUGCAUGCCAUCCUCAUGGUGCAUGCCAUCCUCAUGGUGCAUGCCAUCCUCAUGGUGCAUGCCAUCCUCAUGGUGCAUGCCAUCCUCAUGGUGCAUGCCAUCCUCAUGGUGCAUGCCAUCCUCAUGGUGCAUGCCAUCCUCAUGGUGCAUGCCAUCCUCAUGGUGCAUGCCAUCCUCAUGGUGCAUGCCAUCCUCAUGGUGCAUGCCAUCCUCAUGGUGCAUGCCAUCCUCAUGGUGCAUGCCAUCCUCAUGGUGCAUGCCAUCCUCAUGGUGCAUGCCAUCCUCAUGGUGCAUGCCAUCCUCAUGGUGCAUGCCAUCCUCAUGGUGCAUGCCAUCCUCAUGACCAGGCAGUGGAAGUGCUGCCCUUGUCACCACGACCCUGACGUGUGCAUGUGUGCCGCCCAUCCUUCCCCCUGCCCAUCCUUCCCCCUUCCCAUCCUUCCCCCUGCCCAUCCUUCCCCCUGCCCAUCUUUCCCCCUGCCCAUCUUUCCCCCUGCCCAUCCUUCCCCCUGCCCAUCCUUCCCCCUGCCCAUCCUUCCCCCGUUUCGUAUCCUUCUCUGCCACCAUGUGCCGCCCACCAGGUGCAGAUCAUCUACCUUGCUGACCUCCUCUCACCACACUGUGCCGCUGGUAGGCCCGCCUGCUGCUGCCAUGCCCGUGUGCUGCUCUGCCAACCCAAGCACCAUGCUCUGUCACCCUUCCUUCCUCACCGUCCUGUCAUAUGCGCCCCUAUGCCCUCAGUCUGGCAUGAGCGUAUGGCGGGCCUCCUCCAAUCCAUCUCGUCUCUCUUUCGCAUGCCUGUCAUGUGUGUCUCCAACACCACCCACCACCGAUCCCCACCAGGUGGCAUGGGCGUUGGAGCAUGCACGGCAGCAGCUGCAGCACCCGCAGACGCUCAUUCAGCCGCAGCUGAGGACCAAAGUGGUCGGCACCACUGGCAUGUUCAGCGGCUCCUAUGUGGAUGCAUAA